AUGGACAUGUACAUGUACACAAGCAUGACACCUCCCACAGUAAGCUUCUUAAAAAAAAGCAGCUCUUUCUUGAAUAAUUUCACACACGAUAAAAAUCCACAACAUUCCUUGUUCGAACCUUUCGUAUCCUCCUCGACAAUAAUAUUAUCGGACGACGAAGAAAGAAGCGGGCCCACCUCGACACUUCCCAUAAGGCCCGAGUUAAUAAGGAGCUCUCUAUGCGAACUUCCGGAGCAGUGUUCGUACACUCAGUCGGUUCUAAACGCCGUAAAUGCACUUUGCGGGAUAGGUAUCCUUUCGACUCCUUACGCGCUAAAAGAAGGAGGGUGGUUGAGUUUACUUCUUCUUUUCUUGUUCGGGAUUAUAACGUGUUAUACCGGGAUAUUGUUAAAGAGGUGUUUGGAUAGCUCGUCUCAGUUGCAAACUUAUCCGGAUAUCGGGCAGGCUGCUUUCGGCUUAACCGGACGAAUGUGCAUUGCCGCGAUACUGUAUGUGGAGCUAUAUUCUUCGUGUGUCGAGUUCUUGAUUGUGAUGAGUGAUAACCUGUCGGCCUCAUUCCCGAACAUACAAAUGGAUUUUGCCGGCAUUCAUCUCGACUCAUAUCAAAUUUGCGCCAUAUGUUCAACAAUCGUCAUUCUCCCGACAGUUUGGCUCAGGAAUCUCAGCCUGCUUUCAUACGUUUCACUUGGUGGUGUGGUGACGUUAGCUCUUGUGGUGUUUUGUUUGCUCUGGGUUGGCGUGGCUUCGGAUCUCGGAUUUCACCCGAGUGGAAGAGCAUUGAAUUUUUCAAAUAUUCCUAUAGCUAUUGGAGCCUUCUCGAUUUCCUUCGGUGCUAGUUAUCAGGUUGUAGCCCCUGUUACGAAAUUUGCCUUGUCAAUAACGCCAGUCGCGUUGAGUAUAGAGGAGCUAUUGCCCGAGUCUUAUCUUAGGUCACACGGCACGUCUAUAAUGAUACGAACGAGUUUAGUGGUCUCGACUCUAAUAGUUGCGCUAACGGUCCCUUACUUUGGAUCCGUUAUGGCUCUGAUUGGAUCGUUCCUCGUGAUGCUAGUCUCUGUUGUGUUGCCAUGUGCUUGCUACAUGAGAAUAGACAGAGGAAGACUAAACAGACUGGAGAUUGCGACGUGCUCGAUAAUAAUAGUCAUGGGAGUCGUUUGCGCUGUCGUGGGCACGUGUUCGGCACUCAAGAGUAUGUCUGGCUGA